CGUCAAAGACCGCACAUGUGUUUACAACUUUUACAACGGAUUCAGAAAAUAAUUUGAUACUGCAUCGUGUUAUUUGCAGGUUUACCGGUCAAAGUGUCAUGCGGUUGAAAGUUAUUUAAAAUCCUGAAAAUAUAGUACCUAGUUAUAUUCCAGAAUGCCCAAAUCGAAGCGAGAUAAGAAAGUUUCGUUAACUAAAACGGAACGUAAGGGUCUUUCUAACAAACAGCAAAUUAUCGAAGACAUUCAGGAGUGCCGACAAAAGUAUGCGAACAUUUUUCUGUUUUCGGUUCAGAAUAUGCGAAACACCAAACUGAAGGAUAUUCGCACGGCAUGGAAAAAUUCGCGCUUUUUCUUCGGUAAGAAUCGGGUCAUGCAGUUGGGUUUAAAUUUCGUUAGCGACGAUGGUGAGGACGAUCCCAAGCUCGGGAAGGAUUUGGAACAGUUGCGGGAACAGAUGGUUGGCCAGUGCGGUUUACUGUUCACAUCGGAAACGAAAGAAACGGUGCUCGAUUGGUUCGACUCAUACUCAGCCGAUGAGUUUGCUCGGAGUGGUUUCCAGGCGACCAAAACGGUUCGUUUGAAAGAGGGUCCACUAGAAGAAUUUUCACAUGCCAUCGAGCCUCAUCUUCGAUCGCUGGGAAUGCCCACCAAAUUGGAACGGGGAAUCGUCACACUGUACAAAGAUUUUACGGUUUGUGAGAAGGGCAAGCUGUUAACACCGGAACAAGCCAGAAUUUUGAAGUUGCUGGGAAAACCGAUGGCUAAGUUUAAAGUUGUGGUGAAUUGUUGUUGUACUAAGGAGAAUGGUUUCGAGGAAAUCAACAAAAGGGAUAUUGAGGUAACGAAGAAAACGAAAAAAGUGCUAGUCAAGAAGAAGUCGACUAAACAAGAUACGGAGCAUGGUGAGGAUGAGGAUAUGAGUGAGGAUGAAGACGAAGAUGAUGAUGACGAUGAGGAAGAUGAAAUGGAGCUCGACGACGAGGAGGACAGUGACGAAGAUGAUUCGUAGAUUUUUUUUAAGUUGGAAUGUUGUAUGAUAAAUUCACUCCUUUUUUUCUAUUAUUGGAUGAGUAAACUUCCCUACACUGUCAAUGUUUGACAGUGAUUCUCAAAGAAAAGAAAUAUAAAAUAAAAGUUGGAUUUUCAAA